GGAGAAGAGGAGGGGGCGGGAGACAAGGGGAGGAAGAAAGGCGAAGGCCAGGCGGAGGGGUGGGGAGUGAUAAGAAGAGCGAGAGAAAAGAGGGGACUGCGGACUAGCAGACCGGGUGUCUGGAAUCCCGCGCCUAGAACGUGCUUUUCGGGAGAGCAGAGGCGGUGUCUACGGUUGACUGGGGUUACAGUAAGUGCCUUGUCAGCCUGAUGCCUUGGGGCUGUGGCAGUCCAGCAGGCCUCACAGGGGUAGAAGAGUGCCUCAAAUGACAGCUGAGCUUGGAGAGGGCGGUAGUUUUGGAAAGAGCAGGAGUUCUUUCGUGGAAUAUGGAGGCAUAGCAUGCAGCCUGCCUGGGCACCUGGAGUGGUACAGCUUGGGAUUCCCUGUGCUGGGGAGGCUGCAAGGGGAAGGGGAACAGGCCAGUGCCCUCUGCAUCUGGCCAAGUGGGCCUGCGCCCGCACCUACUGUAUGUCCAGCCAGCAUCAUCCCCACUUUCCUGAGCGUCGCCCACUCUAUCCCUGGCACUCCACAGCCCAUCUCUCUGCAUCUUCACAUGACCUCUGUUUGGAGGUUCAGGUCUUCUCACCAGUUUGUGCCAUCUUAGGAGUCAGUUGGUGUGUCGGACAACCCUGUACCUUGUUUUCAGUCCUUUGGAGGCUCUGGCCCACCUGAGACAUCGCAGGCCUCUCCUUCCGAUGAAAAGAGAAAGGAAGAAUGGAUUACAGUCACCAAACGUCCCUAGUCCCAUGUGGACAAGAUAAAUACAUUUCCAAAAAUGAACUUCUUUUGCAUCUGAAGACCUACAACUUAUACUAUGAAGGCCAGAAUUUACAGCUCCGGCACCGGGAGGAAGAAGAUGAGUUCAUCGUGGAGGGGCUCCUGAACAUCUCCUGGGGCCUACGCCGGCCCAUCCGCUUGCAGAUGCAGGAUGACAACGAGCGCAUUCGGCCCCCUCCGUCCUCUUCCUCCUGGCACUCUGGCUGUAACCUGGGGGCUCAGGGAACCAUCCUGAAGCCCCUGACUGUGCCCAAUGUUCAGAUCUCAGAGGUGGAUGCGCCUCCGGAGGGUGACCAGAUGCCAAGCCCCACAGACUCCAGGGGCCUGAAGCCCCUGCAGGAGGACACCCCACAGCUGAUGCGCACACGCAGUGAUGUUGGGGUGCGUCGCCGUGGCAAUGUGAGGACGCCUAGUGACCAGCGGCGAAUCAGACGCCAUCGCUUCUCCAUCAAUGGCCAUUUCUACAACCAUAAGACAUCCGUGUUCACUCCAGCCUAUGGCUCUGUCACCAACGUCCGCAUCAAUAGCACCAUGACCACCCCACAGGUCCUGAAGCUUCUGCUCAACAAAUUUAAGAUUGAGAAUUCAGCAGAGGAGUUUGCCUUGUACGUGGUCCAUACGAGUGGUGAGAAACAGAAGCUGAAGACCACCGAUUACCCGCUGAUUGCCCGAAUCCUCCAGGGCCCAUGUGAGCAGGUCUCCAAAGUGUUUCUCAUGGAGAAGGACCAGGUGGAGGAAGUCACCUAUGAUGUGGCCCAGUAUAUAAAGUUUGAGAUGCCGGUACUUAAAAGCUUCAUUCAGAAGCUCCAGGAGGAAGAAGAUCGGGAAGUGAAGAAGCUGAUGCGCAAGUACACUGUGCUCCGGCUGAUGAUUCGGCAGAGGCUAGAGGAGAUAGCCGAGACCCCAGCAACAAUCUGAGCCACGAGAAUGAGGGGAUCUGGGCACCCCAGGAGCCGCCAUUGCCAUAAGACCCCCAGGAAGCUGGGCACUUUCUUUCCAUGGAAACUUUUAGAUGCAAACCUCCCCAGCUGCGGCCAAGCCACCAUUUGCUACGAGGAGCUGGAUGUAGAAGUCAGCAGACAGCCCCCCCAUCCCUGGACCCCUGUUCUCCUUUUUUCCACUCAUAAGGACUUUUGAUUUUGGUUAUAAGGAGGACCCAAAAUGUGUGUGUGUACAUGUGUGUGCACACAUGGUACGUGUCCAUGUGCCUACCUGAUAUUUUCACAUGUAAUUAAAUUCCAGGCAACCAGCACAAGAGCCAUGAGCCUGGCCAAUGUGCUGCUUAUGGGCCAGAAAACAGAGGAACCACGUUCUGAGGAGCUUUUAGGUUGAAGGAAAGAUUUCACCUCUCAAGUGCCAGGGAGAAGCCACAUGUCUGCCUGUGUUUAGAAAGGGAAGAGGGUUCUCCAGGUUCACCAUUUGGGUUGUUUAUAUGUUGGUAGAAAUUCUCCCUGUAUUCCUGGAAGGACCAGUGAAUGUGAGAGCCUUGGAAAUUAACAAAAUAACAGCCACAUAAUCUUGAGGGCAGUCUGAUGGAAAUAAAAAGAUAAACCAUCCGGGGGUAGAUGCAAUAGCCCCCAUGUUUUUACACUGGAAACUUUGAUCGUUUUAAAUGACAAAGACCUGUGUGAUGUUCUACGUGGAAACCUGUAAAAAGUGGAUUCUGCCUCCGUCCUUGCCUCCAUGGCUACCUCUAGGAGACAGAGAGGAUCCUGUGUGUUUCUCUGUACCCAGCUGUCAACCCAUCUCUCUGGCACUUCUUUGAGUGAAAGGAAAGGUCUCAAGAAACAAAGAUCUCACUGGUGUGCACAUGGUGCUGCCCAGCUAGUGUGGCCAGGGCCUCGUGGCCAGGAAGUUUCAGGCUGAAGGGAAGUGUCGAGGCUACCUGCAGAAAUGACAGGUGCCUUGAACCCAGCCCAUCUUCACGGCAUCAAGGGUCUUCCUGCACUUGAAGCUGGGGCCAUGUUUGCAGUCAAGACUUUAUUCUUUCCAACCUCUGGGUUCUUGCAAGUUGCCCUCAUCUUGUGUGUGGAAAUGCAUUCCAAGAAUGAAGCCUCAUCUUGGUACUGACUAUGGGGUUCAGGGAAGCUCUUUAGGCCACCUGGUGAAGGUGCAUGGGGAAGAUGGAGCUUCUUUCUUAGCUUCUCUUAGUAGCCACCUAGGUGAUCUUUAGAGUCAACCCCAAUGCAGGGAAAGGGCAAGAACAGUCUGUGUUCUGGGACUCCCAUCAGGAAGCUUGCCAGGCAGCGGGGCAUCAGUGUGGCUGAUCCAGUUUGAGGAGGGAGACAGAUGCUUGGACCUGGGUACCUGGCUGUAGAGAUCAAUCAAGCAAGACCAGGAGCUUCUAAGAGUGGGCGUCUCUGACAUCUCUGAGCCUAGCUGGGGUAAGAUACUGCCCAUCUCUUCUCACCUUCUCUCCAAGGAAGGUUUGCAGAGCUGGGCAGUUGAGGAAAGGACAGAUGCUGGUUGGUGCCUCCAAAGGAAGGUGGACCUUUUUGGUGGAGAUGUUUCUACCCCAGGCACCCUCCUGCCCCUAUUCAUACCUAUGGCAUCUUUGAAAGCCUCAAAGCUGUGGUCUCAAUGUAGACUGCAAAGAGAUGGCAUGCUGCCCCUGGCAUUUUGCCAUGGGUGUUAUAGCAAGCCUCCUUCCUCCAUAGGGUCAGCAGCACCAGCCCUGUGGGGCAUAGAGUGGAAACCCAGAAGGGCUUCUGCAAACUGCACAGAAUUGGUGUAGGAAGACAAGGAGUGGGCACCAGGAGAGGCUUCCUUUGUUACAGAUGGGAAAGAACCAUUCUGUGAAUGCAAACACUUCCUGAGUUUUGCAUUUGAGAAAAUAAUUUGGAGAACUCUUCUGAUAAUUUUUAUUUUGAAUGUUCAAAGCCUUAGUUGGCUCCAGUAAUUCUCCUUGGAGGACUUGCGAGAAGAAUUUCCACAAAGCAAACUACUAACCACUAUUAUUGGACAGCGAUUUCUGGUUUAUAAGAGUUCUCUUUGAUUUGCACCAGCACUAUGACAGUGUUAAACAUGGAAAUAGUGCAACAUAUUUAGUUGGCCAGGUCACUUUCCAAGGGAGCAAUAUUAAGGCAGACCAGCCUUUUUAAAGAUGGGAGGUCAGGAGGUGGAAGUGAAAGAGGAGAUCCCAUCUUACACAACACACUUCCACGUGAUGCAGACCACACUUUUGGAUUCUGUCCUGCCUUUUUUAGAGGUCAUUUCUCACAUCCUAAGAACCUGAUGAGAAAUUUUGGAAAGAUCCUUUGGAAUAGCAGCAGUUGAAACAGAGACGCUUUGCCACAGCAUGGAACAGAUUUUCUCACUGGUAUCACAUAGUCUUGCAGUUUUGAACUCUUCGACCGACUUGUGGGAGUUUAUGUAAUUGUGUACAAGGAACCUGAAAUUGCAUAAAGAACAAAAUACCAAUUUAUAGGGUUUUUUUCCCCCCAAUUUGUGAAAAGCAGUUUAGUUGCAUCUGGCUUUUUUUUUUUUCCCCUCCCCGGGGCUUAUGUUACAACGUGAUCAAGUGAAGGAAAAACCUGAGCCCAUCUGGCUGGGAUGGUGGAAUUAAGCACAAGGUCACAUUCUCCAUGAUCACAUGAGAGGGAAGGUGAUGACUGAAAUGGUGGGGGCUGGGGCAGUGGGCGGUUAUCUUGGGGAGAGGCUGAAAGGCACAAAGGACGUCUUACCCGUACGUGUUGGUGAAGAACGCACACAUUGGUCUUGAAGUUGAGAUGAGGCAAGAGGAUUUCAGGAUAUUAGCCACCCAUCUCCAAGAAAAAUGCCAGGGCCUUGCGCCAAGAUUUUGGCCUGAGACAUGCUGAUGCUUCAAGAAGAAAUAUUUUCACCAUCCUCUCUUCCCUCACCAACGAAACAGUGCUCUCUGCUAGAAACCUCUAGGUAAAGACAUUUUAUCCUAAUAUCGGUGGCAUACAAUGGCCCCUCCCAAUCUGUUCUCCAUGCAAAAAAAUCUCGAUAAGAAUUCUGUGGAGUUGACUGGUUAUUUCAAAGUUGGGAGGGUGAAGAAAGAAAGUGACCACAGAAGGGCAAGAAGCUCUCUUAAGAAAAGGGAAGUUAUCUUUAAAAAAAACACCAGCACCACCACCAUAUCAACCAAAAACUACAUUUUACGUCAAAGCUCUAUAGCACAAAGAAUGUGUGGGGAACCGCGGCUUGGGUGCAGACAUGGCCAAGUCCAAGAACCACACCACACACAACCAGUCCCGAAAAUGGCACAGAAAUGGUAUCAAGAAACCCCGAUCACAAAGAUACGAGUCUCUUAAGGGGGUGGACCCCAAGUUCCUGAGGAACAUGCGCUUUGCCAAGAAGCACAACAAGAAGGGCCUAAAGAAGAUGCAGGCCAACAAUGCCAAGGCCAUGAGUGCACGAGCUGAGGCCAUCAAGGCCCUCGUAAAGCCCAAGGAGGUUAAGCCCAAGAUCCCAAAGGGUGUCAGCCGCAAGCUCGAUCGACUUGCCUACAUUGCCCACCCCAAGCUUGGGAAGUGUGCUCGGGCACGCAUUGCCAAGGGGCUCAGGCUCUGCCGGCCAAAGGUCAAGGUCAAGGCCAAGGCCAAGGAUCAAACCAAGGCCCAGGCUUCAGCUCCAGUUUCAGUUCCAGCUCAGGCUCUCAAAGGUGCCCAGGCCCCUACAAAGGCUUCAGAAUAGAUAUCUUUGUCUGCCAAUGCGAGGACAGAAGGACUGGUGUAACUCCCCUGGGGCUGCCAUCUGCAUGGGGCUGGGGUCCUCCUGUGCUAUUUGUACAAAUAAACCUGAGGCAGGAUUAAAAAAAAAAAAAAAAAAAAAGAAUGUCAUAGAUACAUUGUCAAGAGAGAAACUUCUACAUGGACGAGGCAAUUUCAGUGUCUUAAAGCGGCCAAACCAUGACGUGGAGAAUGAGAUGGGAGACAGGAUAUCACCAUGAGCGUCCCUCAUAAAGCAGCACACAUUUUCACAUUUUCACUUAAGUUGUUGAGCACAAAGUCUUGCUUCAGUCAGAAGAGAUGAAAUAUGAUUUCCUAGAGACGUAAAAAUAAAAAUGAAUGUGGCGCCCCUUUGUUCAGAUGUAAUAGAAAGCUUCACCCUAUUACAAGGGGUGGGGUUUAAGUGCCCCUUGCGUUUUAACUGUGUUUGAGCACAAGAUGCACGAGCUAUGACAGGAAAGCCUCAGUUUACCUUUGGAGUCUUCCCUGUAGAUCACAGACCUGUAUCCAGGCUGAUGUUGCUGGUGUGUAAUUGCUAGUGUUUCUGAAGGUUUCCCCAAUUGUUUUAGCCUUGUGAAGUAUUCUUUUCUUAAUUAUAACUUGCCUUUCGCAAUGGUACAUGACCUGGUUCAAUGUUUGGUUUUGAACUUACACACUGAUGUGUUUACUCAUCUAAACAUAAUCUGACAAGGCCUCAUUAGGGAGCCAUACAUUUUUGUAACAAUUUGAUAUGUUUUAAUGCACCUGACUUAGAUCUUCUUGAAAUAAAGCACUUUUCAAAGAGA